AUGGAAGGAAGCCCAGGUACCGGAGACCCCGUCGCAACCAAUGAUUGCUCGCGAUCCACACACAGCGAAUCACCCAAAUCAGAUUACUGCAAGACAGACGGAGCAUGGCAUGAAGAACGGAAGAUCAGAGGAAUAGGAUGGACUUUUCACCGAGCAAAUCAAAGCAAACUCGCCCAGGACUCCAAAGCUCAAAGAUUCGUAGCAUCGCCUCUGGUAGCGGAAGCACUUGCAGUCCGGUUAGCUCUUCGACAUGGCCUAUCAAUGGGAAUCACCAACAUGCAGGUCGCCUCUGAUGCGCUUCAGCUCGUCAACGCAAUCAACUCGGGUUCCUGGCUAUCAGAAAUAUACGGAAUUUUGCAGGAUAUCCCGCAUUUGUCUAAGUGUUUUGUUGAUGUUAAAUUCAUCUCUAUCACUUGA